AUGUCAUCACCAUCAGGAUCUCCAACUCCUGCUUCAAUCGCCAGGCCCACCAAAAGAGCCUCCCCAGCAUCAUCGGACACAAGCGUCUGUACCCCUACUCUGUCAUUAGAGAGAUCAGGAUCCUCGGCCCCAGCAUCAUCGGACAGAGGCUUCUCUACCGCUGCACAAUCAUCACAGAAGUCGCCAAGAGCCAGACCUCCAUCCAGACCUCCGCAGGCCACCAGGAAGGAACCUACAACCUCAAUCGAGCGAAACAGUCCUAUCACCAGGAGUACCGCUUACCCCUCCUCCUCCUCCUCCUUCUCCUCAUCCUCCGCCUGUUCCCCAAGCGCAGCCGGUACAUCCCACGCCCGCGAACCCCCCAGCUCUCGCCAAAUCCCCACGCGCGACGCCAAAACGACCACCACCUCGCACGACGCCGAACAGAUCCGCGACCAACUCCUGCACGCCAAAUGCACGCUCCUGAUCUACCAAACCUCGCUCAGCCAAGCGCACCCGGGCACCGACACCAGCGAGCUACGCCGGCAGAUCGCCGCGCAGGAAGCGCGCAUCGACGGCCUCACGCGCCGCUUCGACGCCGCCUUUCUCGACACCGAGGACGAGGAGAGUAGCGACGGGCCCGGCUGGAUUCAGCAGCUGAACAAGGCGAUUCGGGAACAGGAUGCUUUGAUCGCUGCCAUGGGGCCGGGGAGGUAG